CCUCAUCUGCCUCUUCUUUCCCUCCUCCAACUUCCCUCCCUCCGAAUUGGCUGCUGCCUAUACCCGACCAUCUAUCAACAUGCAGAUGCGCUUGCUGCUCGCGCUUGGGGCCCUCUCCUCAGCCGUUAUCGCCCACCCGGAGCCUGCCGCUGACCUGACAUGGCUGGCCCCCGAAACCACCGCCGUCGCUCAACCGACCGUUGCUCCUAAGGCCGAUGACUACCAACAGCGCAAACGGUAUCACCGCUCAGUGAAUUUUGAGAAGAGGGCAACAACCACAGACGACACGACAACCACCACGUCGGACACCACCAGCUCGACCGAAACCACGACGAGUACAACAGAGUCGAGCACCACGGAAGCCACCACUACCACCACCUCCGACUCCACCACCACUUCUGCGACAACUACCUCUACUGCAUCCUCCACCACCUCGACAUCCAGCACGAGCACGACUGGCUCUACCAGCUCGACUACGUCUGCCACCUCCCAAGCCACCACCAGCGCAGCCACCACCACCACUCAGAGUACCACGACCACCUCCACCACCACAAGCACGACGACCUCUGCCACGAGCACCAUCACUGCUGCCCAACGCGAGUACAACCACCGCGGAGAAAUCGCCGCCAUCAUCACCUUCAGUAUCCUGAUCUUCAUCUUCGUCGCUCUGACUUUCUUCCUCUGCUGCCGGGAGAAACGCAAGAACAACCGAAUCCAGGCCAGGAAGGCGGCCGCGGAUGCCGGAUCCGACUACUCCAUGCUCCCUCUAGCCGAGACUGCCCGGCCGAAGAGCGAAGCCAAGUUCGAUCGUGCCUCCAUGAUGUUCGCCACGCAGUCGCGCAGCGAUCUGGCCUCGACGCGGCCGUCGUCCAUGGCCGCGAGUGAGACGCUGACGGUGACUCGGAAUCCGACACCAGGGACGCCUUCUGGCGAACAUACGACCAAUGUGGUUUGA